GAGCGAGUGAGCGCGGGCGAGGGUGCACGGGACUGCUGUCGUAGAGGUAAACAGCAAACUAUCUAACUAGACAGUGAAGUUAACGAAUAAUUCGCCCCAGACUCAGUACUGUUCAGGCAUUAACGUAACAACGUGUUGGGUGAGUGCAGGCUGUCAGGAGGUUCUGAAACCCAAAUUCACUGCUUCUUAAAGGCACCAAGAUGUCUGGAGACAGUGAGGUUCAGCGGCUGCGAUGCAAGUUGAAGGAAGCUGAGGAAUCUCUACAGAAAGCAGCCCAGUAUGGUCUUGAGCUGCUGGAUGGGCAGCUGGACCUGCAGAACCAGCUGGAGGAGCAGCGUGUGGAGAUGACUAAUACCUUAGAGGUCCUGGAGCAGGAGAAGUACUCCCUGCAGAGGGAGGUGGAGCUGAAGAGCCGCAUGAUGGACAGUCUGAGGUCUGAGUUUGAGGCGCUCAGGGGUCAGCAGAGGCUCAUGUUGGAGAAGCAAGAGGCCCAACUGGAAAGGGGCCACUCCUUAGAGCUCAACGAACUGAAGAGCAAGGUGGACAGGCUGAAGGCGGAGCUGGACGAGGCACGGCUCAGCGAGAAGCAGCUGAGACACAAACUCGAUCUGCAAGCGGAGGCCCUGGCAAACAGGACGGAGGAGCUCCGCGCACUGACGGAGCGCGCCCAUGAGACCAUGUCGUCUGAGGUGCUGGAGCUACAGGUGGAGAGGGCUGAGCUGGAGGCCGCCAAGGUUGCUUUGGAGCGUGAGCUCCAGGAGGGGCACUACAAGGAGCAGCAGCUGGAGCUGGCCAAUAACAACCUGCAGCAUCGGCUGGCACGACUGACCGAGGAGAAGGAGGAGCGCGAGAAGGAGGCCGUAUCCUGCUUCAACGCCUUGGAGAAAGCACGUGAAGUCAACCAGGACCUUCAAGUCCAACUGGACCAGCUGCUGCAGCAGGCUCAGGACCCCAACAGCAAGGGCAACUCUUUGUUCUCUGAGGUGGAGGACAGGCGGGCUGAGAUGGAGAGACAGCUGAUCAGCAUGAGGGUGCAACAUCAGUCUCUGCUCAAGCAACACGCCUUUUCCAGACAGCAGCUGCAGCGUAUGAAGGUACAGAUUGCCACCCUGAUGCAGCUACAGGGGUCAAGGGCAGACCCCGGGCAGCUGGAGCGACUGCAGUCCAUGUUGUCUGAGAAGAACAAUGAGAUCGAGGCACUUAUGGUGAAGGUGCGCCGUCUGGAGAAGGUCGAGCAUGCCAUCGUUGAGAAGGUCCUCUCCUGUUUGGCGAUGGCGGUGAAAGCUCAGCCGUCCGGCGUGACUGGGGAUGCAGAGAGCACAGACGGCACUUUCUACACUGACCUCCUUAAAAUGCAGCUCUCCAAUUCUCAGAAAGAUGCAGAACAGCUGGGGGAUGAGCUGUCCCGUCAGAGGAUGAAGGCUUUCUCAGAGAGUCAGAGGGUGCUGGAGCUGGAGAGGAAGCUGUUUAGCACUGAACGGGCCCUCAAACUUUGUCAGAGCACCAACAUCAAGCUGCAGGUCAAACUGGACGAGCUGCGUUUGCAGUACGAACCCAACGAGCUAAAAAAGACCCAGGGACAGAAGCGUCGUCAUGAGAAGCUGCCUGCGGACGCCCCCGAGGACCCCCCAGCGCUGGAGAAGCGGGAGGCCGAGGCCGAGACACGCGCUGAAAGGAGCCCCGAGGAGGCUGUCACCGCUGCAGCAGAAAGGGCACUGGCUCGCCCGCUUCUGCCGGCACGCGCUGCCAAGCCCUGCCGCUCGGCGCGCGACACCAAGUGCGUCCGCAUCUGUGAGGAAGCCACCACCAUUCCAGAUGCUCCCAGGUCUCCCUCAGCUGACUGCACAGUCAAGACAAAGGCGGAGUUGGUGAUAGAUGUGGGAGAGGAGAACAGGAAAGCAGAAAGGAAAAGGCACCACAAGUCCCAGGGGGCCAUCCAUGUUGCUUCUGAGCCCACCAUGGAGGACCAGUGUGUCCAGCAGUAGGGUCACCUGCUUGGCAGCCUCUUUCUCAGUGCUCACCUCUACCAGGGACCAUCGUUGCCUACUGUUCUGCUGUAUUAACUGUGAUAUUAAAAUGUUUUAUAAUGUCAUUAUUCAUGUUUUGAUUGAUUGUAGCUAAAUAAAAAAGUGAAAAAUG